AUAAAAUAAAAAAAGCAACUUUCAAGUGUUCAUUAAUACCUGGUAACUGCAAAAAGCCAUAUAGAGUGAGAUCUUCUCAUAGUCUGCAAAAAAUAUGAAUAAACUUGAUAACUCUGCUAUCAACCACAACACUUUGAUCCUCACAACUUAAUUUGAGAUUUGUCUGCCUUUUUUGUGUUUCUCUCUCUCUCGCUCCUCUUAAUUAGACAGACCUUUGACCAACAAAGCAAACAGGACGUGAACAAGAACACGAACAAGAGAAAAUCAUCUGUUUCUUUGAACGGAAAACUCCUGGAGCCCAGAUGAAGCAAGAACUUUGUGCACCCGAGGCUGGAAUGAGACACAUCAGCUCCUCUCUGACUGCGCGUCCAAUCAGCUGGAGCUCUGCAGAGCCUUGCUGCUGUAAUUGGAUGGAGAUGGGGAGAGGAAUACGCAGCCUUGGCACAACGUAAACACACGCUCGUCUUCUUCGCUCCACAGAGGACGCGCCGGGUAGAGUAGAUGGAGUGAGCGAAACUAUAUCUACGGGGACCAGAGAGGGCUUUAAAGUUUUUGUCUUUAUCAUUUAAUCGCUUUAAUAUCAGAUAAAGGCGUUAUAAGUGAGUGAGCUCCUCAUGUUGGCACGGAACAAAGAAGGUGUUUUCCAUAUCAGGUCUGUGGAUUACGCACGGCGAAGCUCCCGGGACAGAGAAAAGUUUUGACUAUUGUUUUGUUGCACAAGAAUGCUAAGUCAGUGUGUUUUAUCACACGGGGCUCAGUGCGCACAACCUGCAGUGUAACUUAAAUUAUCACCUGAGCCUCUAUGGAGUGAUUUCCCACUUUUUUAUAGACUGCAUUUAUUAAUGGAUUAGAAUUAACUUUAACAAAGCACCUGAAGAAGAAAAAUAUCUGCAGAUAUAUGCUUUGGGGGAUGGCAACAGCCACCUCGAGUCCGUACCUUGCCAGCAGCAGGAUUUUAUCCGGUCCAGUCCUUCACUCUGACCGGAGGGUUGGUGGCAUGCAGCCGGGCAGCACCGCUGUGACCACGGUGUCUAGUGGAUACAGAGGGGACCCUUCAGUAAAGAUGGUGCAGAGUGACUUCAUGCAGGGAGCCAUGGUGGCGAGCAACGGGGGACACAUGCUAAGCCAUGCUCACCAGUGGGUGACAUCGUUGCCUCACGCGGCAGCCGCAGCAGCCGCGGCCGCGGUGGCUGCAGCCGAAGCCGGCUCUCCGUGGUCACCCACCUCCCAGCCGCAAGACGUAAAGAGAGGAAGGGAGGACCUCCACACAGGCACCGCUUUGCACCACAGGUCCCCACAUCUGGGGCCCCAUCAGACGCACCCGGGGAGUUGGGGAGGCAGUUCCGCGGCGCACAUCAGCAUCACGGAGGGGCAGCAACAACAACAGCAGCAGCAGCAGCAGCAACAACAGCAGUCUCUAAUUUACUCUCCGGGUGGGUUUACAGUCAAUGGGAUGCUCAGCUCGCACGCCGGGCAGAGCCUCAUGCACCAGGGGCUGGUGCGCGGGGAGUCCCCGGAGCUGGAUCACGGAAACCACCACCAUCACCACCACCACCAUAAUCACCACACGCACCAUCACCAGCAUCACGGGGUGAACCACGAGCCACACUCAGACGAGGACACCCCGACAUCUGACGACUUGGAGCAUUUCGCCAAACAGUUCAAACAGCGGCGCAUCAAGCUGGGCUUCACCCAGGCAGACGUGGGCUUAGCUCUGGGCACCCUGUACGGCAACGUGUUCUCACAGACCACCAUCUGCAGGUUUGAGGCGCUUCAGCUGAGCUUUAAAAACAUGUGCAAGCUGAAGCCUCUGCUCAACAAAUGGCUGGAGGAGGCCGACUCCACCACCGGGAGCCCGACUAGCAUCGAUAAGAUCGCCACCCAGAGCAGGAAGAGGAAAAAGCGCACAUCCAUCGAGGUGAGCGUAAAAGGCGCGUUGGAGAGCCACUUCCUCAAGUGUCCCAAACCGUCCGCGCAGGAGAUCAACUCUCUGGCGGAGACUCUGCAGUUGGAGAAGGAGGUGGUCCGGGUCUGGUUCUGCAACCGCAGGCAGAAAGAGAAGCGCAUGACGCCGCCAGGACUGCCACGCACCCCGGAGGACGCGUACUCGCAGGUGGGCAGCAUGGGUCCUGACACACCGUCGCCCUCCAUAGACUGUAAGAGGAUGUACAGCGACACGUGAACAUAGCAUUCACAAAAUACCGGACAAAAAUCGUUUGAAUACACUUUUAGAGAAAAUAUUUCAUGUUUCCCUAAAUGAUAAUUGAUUAACUUUUCUUACAUCUCUCAGUGUUCUUUGACCCUCAGUAAUACUGUUAUCCUGUAUGUAUCCAUUUCAGAGGCGGACAGAUGUCUACUUUUAUGCAUCCUUGGAUAGCCUAUUUCUCUGCACUAUGAAUCAGCCUUUGGGACAGAAAAUAAAAGUCUGAAUAGACAAGUAUUUAAAAAGUCUACUUAAGGCUAUGUUUCUUUGAAAAAAGCCCACAGAAUGAACAUUUUAUCAAUCUGACGCAAAUAAGUUCAAACUAAAAGUUAUUUCUGUAUCUCUGUAAUGUUAAAAAUAAAAGUUCCCUUGAAAUGCUGCAGUUUGUUGUCCCACAGGCUACACUGGGCUGUACUUUACCUUUCUUUUAUAUGAAAAAAGAAUGAUUGAAGACGCUUUAUCCAGCAUUCAUUUGUUUUUAAUGAGCAAUAAUUUAUCUUCUUUCAAACAUGUUUCUCACUUUUGUGUUGUGUGUUAGUGGAUUUAUGUUGUGACACAGUUUGAGAUGGUCAAAGAGCGAUUUACAGUUACACGUAUUGUGUUUUUCCUUCAUAGGAAACUCAAUUUUUUUAAAUUGGCAAACACUCCCUUAAGUUUAUGUACAAAUAAGUCUGUUGUGUAUCCUUGUGUGAUGAUUUGGACUAUUUAUUUUUUUCCAGUGUGUUUAUUUUCAUGGAAUAGACUAAUUAUUUAAUAAAU